GCGUGUGUGCUGCGAGUGGAUGCGUGACCGCGUGCGUGCAUCGUGCACGCGAGUGAUGCAAGUCGCGUGGACUGUCGCAACUCGGAUAAAUAAUCGCAGUGGAUCGGCGUCGGCUCGCGCAUCGGAAGAAAAAAAUCGUCGCGAGGGUGGGAAGACCCGCGGUGCGAGGAAGGGAACGUUGCCGCAGUGGGUACAGUGAGUGCGGAAGGAGUCAGGUGUCGGGCCCCGCGCGCACAGACGUUAGUGCUGCACUUCCUUCUUCCCCUGCGCAUAGCAGGACACGGAACACGACAGGUGUAGAAAAGAAAGUGGAAUCGAAUCAUCUGAGUGCGAUAUCCGCGGGAGGCGAAAGAGGUAGGAAGUCUUGGAGGUGGUUAGAUGUUAGAAGGCGCGGGGGUGGCUAAAGUGGCCCCGCCGCUGGGUACGGGUCCCGAUGCCGGUCCCCGUAUCGCAAACACCUACAUUAAUAACCUCCACCCUUGUACCCAAGGAGGAAUCAAACAUGCCCUUCAUAGACGACGAGCUAUUCUGGUACUCUGACAAUGACGGAAAGAUGGAUUUAACCCAGUGCCUUCAGCAGAGCAACACAGGCCAGCCGGUAGAAUUUUCUACGAUGGAGCUAAGUGCUCUGGUAGGAACGCCAACGGCAUCGAAUGUGCCAGUAGAGGAAGGUGCGGGUAUGUCUGGUGUUACAGGGGAGGAACUUUUCGAUCCCCUAGACUUCCUAAGGGAACUCGAGGCAGAGGCCAGUCAACCCACCUCCACCACAACGCCUUCUUCCUACAAAAGACAGAGGCACAAUAUCGCUGCCGCGAAUCCUUUAUUAGCAGAAAAAUUAGCAGCGCCUUCAACGCAAGCGUCUCCAAUUUCCAUCCCUUACGCCUCAAGGGCGGAAAUCAAGACGGAAAAUAUUCAACCUGAGACGAGUAAAG